UGUGUGAGAGAGAGAAAUGGAGGAAAAUGGUGGGAGUUCAGGAGGAGGAGGAGAACCAAACGGAGAGACGUUGGGGACGUGCCUGAGCAGCUUGAUCGACAAAGGAAGCGUAGAAAGCCACAGAUACUUUCUGUCUCGCAUAACCCUGUUGGAAAUGCUCAAAGACAGAGGCUACUCCGUUCCCUCCUCCGACAUCAAUCUCUCUCUCCAUGACUUCCGUCAAAUCUACGGUCAAAUCCCCGACGUUGACCGCCUCCGCUUCUCCGUAACCCAUCUCUCCGACCCUUCCAAGAGGAUUCUUGUCAUUUUCUGUGAGCCUGGUGUGGUGAAAGUGACUAGUGUCCGAGGCAUUGCAGGCCAGAUUGUUAAUAGAAACACUUUGACUGGUCUGAUUUUGGUAUUGCAAAGCCAGAUGACGAAUCAAGCUCAAAAAGCUGUUGAGCUUUUGCCAUUUAAAGUCGAAAUCUUCCAGAUUACUGACUUGCUUAUUAACAUUACAAAGCAUUUGUUGAGGCCGAAGCAUCGGGUGUUGACUGAUCAAGAGAAACAAAAACUCCUAAAGAAGUACAGCAUAGAAGUAAAACAGCUGCCUCGAAUGUCGAAGAAUGACGCAAUUGCGCGAUACUAUGGACUUGAGAAGGGGCAGGUGGUAAAGAUUAUCUACAGUGGUGGAAUUACCGACUCCUAUAUUACCUACCGCUGCGUGUGGUGAUUUCUUUCUGUGCAGACUUGGUUUUGUAGCGUACGGUUAACGUUGUAUAAACCGUGUUUGUGUUUUGCGAAUCGGCACCUUUUGAGUUGUAACUGCUGGUAGAUAUUUCUGGUCCCUUUUCCCAGUCA